AAUCUAUGCGCUUGAACAAUAUAAGGAAUAAAACAAAACAACCAAGGUAGCUCUUCGGCGUUUCCAAAGAGUAAAAAAAAAAAAAAAAAAAAAAAAAAAUCUUUAUUCAGUCAAAUACCUGGAUCUGUUUCAGUGCAAACAAUGCUGGCCCCACCUGUAAAUCUGCCUAAAUGGCUAGAAGAAAAUUCGCAUCUCCUCAAGCCCCCCAUCAACAACUAUUGCGUGUACAAUGAUGAUUUUACAGUCAUGAUCGUCGGCGGCCCGAACGCCCGGACCGACUACCACAUCAACCAGACCCCUGAGUGGUUCUACCAGUACAAGGGCGCCAUGAUGCUCAAGGUGGUCGACGAUGGUGUCUUCAGGGACAUCAUCAUCCGCGAGGGCGACAUGUUCCUGCUGCCUGGCAACACGCCCCACAACCCCGUGAGGUUUGCCGACACCGUCGGCGUCGUGCUGGAGCAGCGCCGCCCAGAGGGUUCCGUCGACCGCAUGCGGUGGUACUGCCAGAAUCCGGAUUGUACGCCCGGUCAGGUCGUACAUGAGGCAUCCUUCCACUGCACCGAUCUCGGGACGCAGAUCAAGGCUGGGGUCGAGGCGUUCAAGACCGACGAUUCUCUCCGCAAGUGUGGCAAGUGUGGAGAGUUGGCCGACUGGUGCCCUAAGCCUGGUUCAAUUCCGGAUCCGAACAAGGCGUGACUAGAUUUCUUUUGGGAGGCUCGCCCUUAAAAUUUGGCUUCUAUCAGCCUCUUGCUGGUGUUGCGGUACCCUUCUAGAGUCAUUGAACGCUUUAUAUCUUGUAUAUAGUGAGCAGUCACGAAAAUGAGUUAUGUACAUGAGAUUUUACAGGACAAUAUUUUUUUUCUUCUAAUUCCUGACGGGGCGACGACAAUCUAAGUCUCCUUGUACACAUAGUCGCUGGUAGACUCCUCCACCGGGAUCUCAAUGCGAGCCUCCUCGAUCUCCUUGCCAUUGACACGGAUGCCAGCGCGCAUGACGUCGCCGGGCACGACGGGGCCGACGCCCUUGGGGGUGCCGGUGAGCACAAUGUCGCCCUUCUCGAGGGUCAUGACGCUCGAGAUGUCGCUCAGGACGCGGGGGAUCCUGAACAGGAGCAGGUUGGUGGAGUCCUGCUGACGGACCUCGCCGUUGACGCUGAGGUAUAGCUCGACGUUGUGCGGGUCCGGGAUGGCCGACUUGGGGAUGAUGUUGCUGAAGGGCAGGAAGGUGUCGAAGCCCUUGGCGAUGUCCCAGGGGAGCCCCUUCUUCUUGGCCUCGUUCUGGACGUUGCGCGCUGUCAUGUCGAUGCUGAGCGCAUAGCCUUGAUGAUCAUCCAAAGCACCCUGAUCGUCGUCCGCCUUCAAGUUCUUGACCUCCUUGCCAAUGAUGAGAGCCAGCUCUACCUCAUAGUGAAGAUCGACACCUUUGGGCCUGAUGACGGGACCAGCUCCAGGCGCAACAAUCGAUGAUGGCGGCUUGAGGAAGAAAAAUGGCUGCUUGGGCUUGGCACUGUUCAACUCGGCAAUGUGGUCUGCGUAGUUGCGACCAAUGCAAACCACCUUGCGUGCGUUUCGCAGCGUCGCCGUGGUGUUUGUGGCCAUGCCACGACGAAACGGUAACCUCAUCAUCUUGUCGACAGGUUUUUUUUUUGUAAGGUUCCAAAUUAUCUUUUGUUUAUUCUUUCCUUUGUCCCUCUACUAUUAUUCCUAAAAGGGAGGUUCUGAUCAUGGGCUAUUAUACAGCGUAAAUGGUUGUUGCUCUACAAACAGAACAUUCCGACAACGGGCGCAUGUCAUCUUUGCUGGGCCCGUGCGUGGGCACAGGCCCCACACGCGCCGUAACACUUUUUGCCGAAAAAAAAGCCUCUUUUCUCAUCAAUAUGGAUUGCUCCGAAAAGCACCUGCUCCUAUUCCGCGUAUUUACGCAUGAGCAAGAUAUUCGGGACCGUUCGAUACUCCAUACUUCGGCGUUCAAUCAUUCUGUCCCCACGACACGAUUAUAUGAGUAAUAUACCCCAUUUGGCACAUGUUGUGUCGUUUCUUUUUGUGCAUUCCGGUGCAGAGCUCAAGGUUAUCCACCCUUCUUGCGUGUAUUCCGGUCAUCCGCUGCCGUCUCAAAAGCAUGAGCGGCACGUAUAUCCGCCAUAAUAAAUGUGGCAUAUUUGGUUGGUGAAUCCAUGAUGGACCGUUCCAAAAAAAAAUUAAUGGGGUACUUUCAACCAAGAUCUUCCAUUCUCAGCCAGGAUGAGGAGCAAUGCACAAAUUUGCAACACCAUCAGGAAUUUGCAAUUUCUCAAGUUGCUUUGCUCCGCUCAUGAAUUGCAUCAUCAACCCGGCUUUCAUGUGCCAAGACAUGUGGCAGUGGAAAGCCCACAGACCAGGGUUGUCAGCCACGAAGCGAAUCAAAGCCCACGCAUAUGGCCUGAUUGUGAGAGUAUCACGCUUCGUCACGUUGGCCAAGCUCUCUCCGGUCGAGGACAUGAUCUCAGUGUUGUACUUGUUCCAGUCGAACCCGCUGUCUCCAGUAGCCAUGAUCCAAAAGUCGUGUCCGUGAAGGUGAAACGGGUGGCUGCCAUCGUCGAGGCUGUACACCAGCAGGUCGACAACCUCGGUCGUGUCACUGUUGCUGACUCCGAUGACGUACUGGUCUUCUGGAAAGAGACCUAUGCGACCAUUCUCACCCCAACCGCUCGCCUUGGGUGAACGUAGGCCGUCAACCGCUUCGAGAAGGGUUGUUGAAUUUUUCAGGGGCAUCCAAGUCACCGUCUCGUUGAUUUUGGCAUAUGUCAUUUGGUACGCUCCAAUGUUGAAGUGGAAGUCAACAGCAACUAUCCUAGUGGCAGGAGGCGGCAGUUGGCUGAUAAGGGGCACUAGAACUCCUUUGGCAGGAUCCUCGCACAUGACAGCGAUUGCAUCCUCCCAGUCCUUUGAUGCGGCCGUAGGAACUAUGCUUUGGUCGGUGCCCUGGUAGUGAAGCACUGCUUUUGUGGUGACAUCCAGUACUGGGUUUUCUCCUUUGAAGCAGUGAGAUAUCAUCCUGCUUCUGAUCCAGUAGUUGUUUGAUUCGACUCCCUGAUUCGUGUCGACCACGACACUAUAUCGCUGGCCGACGUGAAUAGGAACACGCCUGACAGAGCUUGGGCGAGUAAGGAUCCCAUCAGCCUCGAUUAUGUUUAAAAGGUGCUUGUCAAUGGCAAAUUCAAAGCUGGCAAAUCCACCAGCGUUGAUGAGUCGGAGACGAGUCUUGCUGUUCCUCUUUAGGGUGAGAAUCGUAUGUGAAGUACCGUCAUGGCAGGUCCUGUUUGAUUCAGCGCCAUAUGACGAGCAGUUAAAAUAAUUUCGACCGUUGAUGAGGCCAUUAUCCGGAAUCGGCUCGUCGUUUUCCACACCUGGAGCAAGAUAUCUCGCAAUGUUGACUUGACUUGGAUCAUGGUACCAGUCUUGUAAAAUGACUAUCCUGUCCUCAUCGUACGUCUCUCGGACUUGCUUCUCCUCGGGGGCAUGGACCACAAGUGGCCCGAGUACUCCGUCCAUAACCUGUUCGUCAUGGUGGGCAUGCCACCAAAAAGUACCAAACUGACCCUCGAGGGUGAAGUUGUACACUAGUGACUGGCCUGGCGGUAUGCCGCACUGGGAAACUCCAACCGUACCGUCAUAAUAGGGGGUUGCCUUCUGCUGAAUACCGUGCCAGUGAAUAGCUGUGGGUUCCGAGUCGAGUUUGUUGGUGACAUUCACCACAAUCGUGUCCCCUCUGUUAGCCUCUAUCAGAGGUCCUGGGAACUUGCCAUUGACCAGCAAAACAUCGCGAACAACACCAUCUGGCCAUGCCUUGCCGCGGGUGAUGACAAGGUCGUAAGUACGGGUAGUCGGUGAAGCCGUCAAGUUCCAAUUCCUGUCCAGAAUAUACUGAUCCGUAUCUAACCUCCACUCCUCCAGUUUCGCCGGGUCCUGGCCGACCAAACCCGGGGGGUGGAUGCCAUCCGAUUUACUCCCGGACUCUAGGUUCGAUGAAGCCUUGGGGUUACUGCCGAUGCCAAAAAUGGAAGCGGGGCGGGAAAUAAGCCCGGAAUUAAGCGUGAAUGUCAGGACGACGAUGUUGACCACGACCAAGGAGCCGAUGACGGCUACUGUUCGUUGUGAGAGCAUCCCGUGCGACAAUUUCGAUCUAUUAUUUGACGUUUGAAGGUUUGCUCGGCAGGCGAUGACGGCUCAUAUCUGAAUCCGCAACGCAAUGCGUCUUGACC